AUGGCAGGCGGGAGCACGCGCUACGAGCCCCUCGAUAUUGACGAAGGUGGUGUGCAGUAUCGCCGGCCGCCGCCGCCGCAGUCGGUGUUCCUGGCGCCGCGGACAAGGGCUGAUUGGAUCUUCGUGGCGGCCAAUGCGGGCUUGUUCAUCGUCACGGCGCUUUUCUGGCUUUCAGGGUCCAAGGGUGUGCCGUCAGAGGUAGAAUGUGCCAAAGCAACAUCUUCUUAUUCACCCGUGUUGUCUUCAUUGGAUUUUUGGGAAGGUAAUUUCGAAAAUGGUUUUAUGCGUGAAAGCAUCUAUCGCGGUCCGCCGACGAGGGACCUAGAGCAAGCAUGGGAUGAUCUGUGGCAUCAUCAAGGAGUUGGCGUGUCAAAGCAGGGCCUCGUCGCCUUGAACAAGACUCAGGGCAAAUAUCUACAAACCAACAGGAGCACGGCAGCAGAGCCCGAAUAUUAUGCCCUGGUGGAAAUGUUUCACCAGCUGCAUUGUCUCAACAUUAUACGCCAAGCAACCUGGCCCAUUCGCGUGUACAACGCGAGCUGGGGCGAGGCGCUCCAGCCGAUGAACGUCUCGGAGAGCUUGGGCCGCGCGCACGUCGACCACUGCGUCGAGACGCUGCGGCUAUCGCUCAUGUGCUUGGGCGACGCGACGCCAAUGCUGCUCCGGACCGAGGACGGGACGCUCAACACCAGCGCGGCGGACUUUCACGUGCAUCACAAGUGCCGCAGCUACGAGCAGAUUCGGGACUUUGUGGAUGCGUCGGGGGUUGAUCCUAUCGCUUAG